AACCCCUAAAAAGGUUCUGCAAAACUCCUUUAUUUUUUUCUGAGUACGAGCCAACAUGCUCAGCAUUGACCAGAUUCGAUUAAAAUCUAUUCGUUUUAACAGACUUUGCAAAAAUAUUCACUCGUUUGGUACAAUAACCACUGAUGAUUCAAUCCUUUCAACCAACGAUUAACAUGAAUCAUGUCAAGAUAGAAUUAAAGAAGUAACUAGAAUUCUUGUUAAAGUUAUAUGAUUCGAUCGAAAAUAAAAUUCAGAUUUAUGUUACUAUAUUUAAUAAAUAAAAGUAAAUUUUAAUCUGCAUUUAUAUGUAAUAAGAAAAAUAUUUUGCUGAAUAAUAGGUCACAAGAAAAAAUAUCGCUUAUGAGUAUUACAACAAUAUUAUUUAAAACUCAAUUCAAUAUAUACUGAAUGAAGAAAAAUAAUAAUAAGUGCUUUUCUUUUCCCUGUCUUUUAUCAUGAUGAGAACUUAAUGCAUUAGCAUAACGAGAGAACAAUAUAAAUUAAAGGCAAGUGUACCUCCUAUUUUUUUCAAUGAAAUACUAUUAUUUUAUUCAUUGACAUAUAACAGAUAAACCAGAAAUAAUACAACUGUUACUAGUAUUAAAAUAUGUCCUACAAAUAGUAGUCAUAGUACCAAUAAAUAUAAACCAAAGUGGUGAUAUCGAAAACAAAGAUACUAAUAAAUUUGAUCUAAACAAAAUUAUCAAUUUAUUUCUCUUAAAAUAUUUUUUAGUUUGCAGAUGUUACUGUUUUAACAGUUAUAUUUGUUGAUAUUAAACAUCCAGCGAUAGAAAUUGGUUAUUAUCCAUCUUGUUUAUUUGCUGGUUUUGUAUUAAAUAUGGAACCAAAAAGCAUAGAGAUUGAAAGAUUAAAAAAAGAAAAAGCAGCAACAAAUAUACUCUAA